AUGAUUGCUCAAGUGCUACUUAAAGAUGUUGCUGAAACCCCAUGGAUCCCCAUCAAAGAUUGCAUUAUAAACGUUAAGCAGGAGGGCUCUUUCAAGACGUUGCCGAGGUAUAUGGCAGCUCUACAAAAAUUCAAUGCAGGAACUGUUGUAGAGUGGAGGCUUCAGGGCGGUACAAUUUUCAACUAUGUGUUUUGGGCAUUCAAACCAUCUAUUGAUGGUUUUGGUCACUGGCGACCAGUCAUAUCCAUAGAUGGCAUGCAUGUAUAUGGGACAUACGAUAUCAAGCUACUGAUUGCAGUAGGAAUGGAUGCCAAUGGGUAG